AUGGCUUCCAACAACAAAUUAUCAGCCACCAUUUUAGUACUUUCUCUCCUUGCCUCCACAACAUUCACUGAGGCUAAUGGUUCAUGUCCUCCAUCGCCACAGCCAACGCCACCGCCUUCAUCCCAAGAUCAUUGCCCCAAUGACACCUUAAAGCUAGGGGUGUGUGCUGAUGUUUUAGGGUUGGUUAAUGUUAUUGUUGGAGAUCCUCCUUCUGGUAGUAGUUGUUGUGCUUUACUCAAAGAUUUGGUCGAUUUAGAGGCCGCAGCGUGUCUUUGCACCGCAAUUAAGGCGAAUGUGCUUGGAAUAAACUUGAAUGUACCUAUCACACUCACUUGGAUACUUAGUGCAUGUCAAAAAACAGUUCCUUCUGGUUACCAAUGUGUUUAA